AUGGCUGGAAUCGUAGAGCUAUCACUGGCUGGGGGCCCAGUCGAAACCCGGCCCCCAGAAGGCGAGAUCGAUGAAGAUGAAGAUGAAGAGCUGGAUGAGAACCUUAUGGAGAGGGUGUGGGGUUUGACUGAGAUGUUCCUUGCUACACUGCGCUCUGCAGCUGAGGUGACCGCAUCGGGCUCAGUCACUGUGGCCAAGAAGCUGUACAGUUACUCCCGCGUUGCCCUGUGGGUGGGCACUACCUCGUUCAUGAUCCUGGUCCUUCCGGUGGUGUUUGAGACUGAGAGACUACAGCUGGAGCAGCAGCAGCUAGAGCAGCAGAGACAGAUCCUGUUGGGCCCCAACGCAGGGAUGUCAGGUGGGAUGCCAAGGUUGAUGCCUCCCGUUCCAGUGACCGAUGUGACGACAGCCUUAGCGCUUCAACCAACGAGGGAGAGUGGAGGCUUGGAAGGAGAGAGAGACAAAGAAGAGGGAGAAGAGAAUACAAAGCUACAUCUGGUCAGCAUAUGUGAUCAUUCCAACAUCCAGGAUUGGCCAUUUUAA